AUGUUAGCCAACAACCUUGACCUUUUGUUGGAGGUACUCUCGCUGCUUCCAACACGAUCCCUGAUCAGAUUCAAAAGUGUUUGCAAACGAUGGCAGUUGGUCAUCUCAGAUCCGUAUUUUAUCAAAACACACAGAAACCGUUGCAAUCCAUACGCUAUGUCAGGUUUUAGGUUUUCAAAUCAAGAGUUUCGCCAUUGUUACUUGCUUGGAGGUGCACAUCUGUCGGCCUCAGCCCCGGAUCUCUCCCUUUCUACCCUAAAAGAUGAUGCUGAAAGCAUGAGAGUUGGUACACCUUUUGUUUAUUGUUUGCGUUCUUUCUAUGGUUUACUCAUUUGCCCACUCAGGCUAAGCCGAUCUGAUGCAAUAUGUGAGUUCAUCUACAUAUUCAAUCCUGUGACAAGACAAUACAAACGAAUUCCUCAUGUCGACCCACAACGGUAUCCUUCAGAUAUCAUUCUGACUCCUGAUCAUCAAGUCAUAAUGUUUUCAAGAGAUCUCAUCCAUGACUAUGAUGCUGAUAUUGAUAUUAGAAUGUAUGUCCCCGACACUCAAUCAUGGAAAACUUUAUAUUCAUUUCGAGAUUAUAAAAAAUCUCAAAAUUGUGAAUGGAUCUUUGUCCAAAGAAACGGCGUAUUUCUGAAUGGAACAGUUUAUCAGGUAAUGGAAUCUGACACCAUACCUUCGACAUUCCGCAUAUUUCCCUUUCGCCGCAAACUUUACAUAUUCUCUUUCGACUUGAAAAGUUUGUCAGCACAAAAACUACUACUUCCUCAUCAGUGUAAUGAUUUUCAUCAAGAAAAUCUAUAUUUUGGAGAGAUCCAAGGGCAUUUGCACUUGAUUAUGCAACAGAAGUUAUCUAAUUUUAUUUUUCAUAUAAUGGAGAUCAAAGAAGACUUUUCUGGAUGGAAUCUCUUGCAUUGCAUUGAUCUGAUCAAUUUUAUGAGAGAUGUACUUCCUCCUCUUCAAGUAUUUUCACCACAAAAAUUAAUGAACAGUUGGGAAUAUCCACAAAUAGAAUAUGGAGGACAAAAUCAUUUAUGCGCACUUUCACCGACACAUAUAGCUUUGGGAGAAAGAGAAGACUAUGAGUUGUUCUUGACGGUGGCUAUUCACACAUCUCAGCCAUACAGUUGUGGCUCUGCUAAAAUUUUUUCAUACAAUAUUGUCAGUAAGACCUACCAGGAAAUACUGGAGGUUUCAGACAAAGAAGAAUAUUAUGGAGCUGAUAACAUGAGGACUUAUUAUCCCAUGCUAACUACUCCAUGA